CAUUUGCUCGGUUGUCACAAAAAAAUGUUCUUAUCGUGCUCCCAAAUAUAAUGCAAAAUCUAUGAUUAGCAAAUAUAAGUGGCAAUUUUUGUAUAAAUCAACAUUUAAGGUAAGGCCAGAGACCGGUUUGGUUUGAGGUCUGUGCAUGACUUCAAUUAAAGGCCUGAAAUUGUUUACGAGUGCUAGAAGAUUUGCAUAAAAUAAGUAGAAUAUUUUAUGAAAAGCAUUCAAAACGCGUUAAGUCCGCCAACAACUACACCACCUCUCACUCUUUACAGCCUCCGAUGGUAAUGGCCGUGAUACUGUUGCUCGCCCUGGCAGUUGUACUCGGUUGCUAUUGCGCGAUUCACAGGCAAAAGAUCAGUGCGAUUUAUUUGAAGCCGCUGCUAAAGAAUACGCCGCUGGAGGAUUGUUAUCAUGCCACGCCCAUCGAGCAGCGAAAGCGUCGCAGCAUCUGGGAUAUACCCGGACCGCAGCGGAUACCAUUUCUGGGCACCAAAUGGAUAUUCCUCUUAUUCUAUCGGCGCUACAAAAUGACAAAGCUGCAUGAGGUCUACGCAGAUCUGAAUCGACAGUACGGUGACAUUGUGCUCGAGGUGAUGCCCUCGAAUGUGCCCAUUGUGCAUCUAUAUAAUCGCGAGGAUCUGGAGAAGGUGCUCAAGUAUCCCAGCAAGUAUCCCUUUCGCCCGCCCACCGAAAUCAUUGUAAUGUAUCGACAAUCCCGACCCGAUCGCUAUGCCAGCGUGGGGAUAGUCAACGAACAGGGACCGAUGUGGCAGCGACUGCGCUCCUCGCUCACCUCCAGCAUCACCUCGCCGCGCAUCCUGCAGAACUUUCUGCCCGCCCUGAACGCCGUUUGCGAUGAUUUCAUUGAGCUGCUGCGUGCCAGACGUGAUCCCCAGACCCAGGUAGUGCCAAACUUUGAGGAAUUGGCCAAUCUGAUGGGUCUGGAAGCCGUUUGCACCUUGAUGCUCGGCAGGCGAAUGGGCUUCCUGGCCGCCAAUGCCAAGCAGCCGGAGAAGAUAAGCCAACUGGCGGCGGCUGUCAAGCAGCUGUUCAUCUCGCAGCGCGAUUCAUAUUAUGGAUUGGGCCUGUGGAAAUACUUUCCCACCAAGACGUAUCGGGAGUUCGCGCGCGCCGAAGACUUGAUCUAUGAUGUCAUCUCGGAGAUCAUUGACAACGAGCUGGAGGAGCACAAGAAAUCGGCGGCCUGCGAGGAUGAGGAUGCAGCGGGCUUGCGCAGCGUAUUCCUCAACAUACUCGAGCUCAAGGAGUUGGACAUACGGGACAAAAAGUCGGCCAUUAUUGACUUUAUAGCCGCGGGUAUUGAAACGCUAGCCAACACCCUGCUCUUCGUGCUCAGCUCCGUGACAGGAGACGCUUCGGCUAUGCCUCGUAUACUCGGCGAGUUCCUUGAGUAUCGGGACACGAACAUUCUGCAGGAUGCGCUCACGAAUGCCACAUACACCAAGGCGUGCAUUCAGGAAUCGUACAGGCUAAGGCCCACAGCCUUCUGCCUAGCACGCAUACUCGAAGAGGACAUGGAACUCUCCGGCUACUCCUUGAAUGCGGGCACUGUGGUGCUGUGCCAGAAUAUGAUCGCCUGCCACAAGGACAGCAACUUUCAAGAGGCCAAACAGUUUUGUCCCGAACGCUGGAUAGACUCCAGCUCGGGCAACUUUACAGUGAAUGUGGACAGUGCCAGCAUCGUGGUGCCCUUCGGCGUGGGUCGACGCACCUGUCCUGGCAAGCGUUUUGUCGAAAUGGAGGUGGUCCUGCUGCUUGCCAAGAUGGUGCUGGCUUUUGAUGUCAGCUUUGUCAAGCCGCUGGAGACGGAAUUUGAGUUUCUGCUAGCCCCGAAGACGCCGCUAAGCUUAAGGCUACGCGAUCGCGAGUUAUGAAACGCAUUGAUCAUAGGAGUUUGUAUCCAAUAUAAGCCCCGAAAGGUAUUCAACUCAUAUAGCUAUACGCUCCCAAUUUGGAACCGAUCAAUAGGUAAAUCCUUUUCCCGUAAAAACAUUUUUUUUUUUUUGGUUUUUCUUAAUUCGAGAAUAUUCACAUCCCUUUAAAGAGCAUUAAGUAUGGGUACUCCCGCAAAUACAGGGUAUCACUUUAAGAUUUCAUCCAAAAAGUAUGCUUUAAAAAUGUAACUUAAAAAUACUUGAACUAGAUUUUCCUUAUUUUCAUAAAAUUUCAACAAUGGAGCGUCUUUCAUAUGAGCUAAGCAAAAACUUAGUAAACAUAAAAACAAAAAACAAAAACAAAUAUAACCCAGAAAUCAAAACAAAAGUGAAGAAAACACCAAACUGUAAAUAGAAGAAGAGUCUAGAGAGUAGAGUCCAUAUAGAUUCAGUUACCCAGACCGUAGCUGUCUCCGUAUAAGUUUCAUUGUGUUGUUGUAGCUAGUUAUUGUUAAUCUUAAGUAGCGGCAAUUAUUUUUGUGGCCUGUAAACGGAAAGACUGUAUUUAAGUUUUGUUGUUUCAAUAAUGAGGUGGCACGUAAUGUAAUCUGUAUAAAACAACUAAUUCGUAAUGCUCUGUACAGUUAACCAAUAUGUAUUUAUUCAAGUUUUUUAUUUCCUAGUUUUCUAGCUGUGUAUAUUUUUGUUAAAUGAUAA